GCAGUGCGGGAGGGCAUGUGUUCUGGGAACAGGUGCAGGGGCUCGUUGGUACGUACGUCCGGCCAUGAUCAAGCGGCUACGAUGACGCGGCCCGUGGGCAUGGCUCUCUUCGGCAUGGUGUGGUUACUGCGCGUGCGCUCAGAGAUGAAGCGCUGUGCGAAGUGCAGACGGCACGAGCUGCAGCAACAGCAGAUGGAGGCGGCGACGGCCGAUCGGAGGUCGGCCGCCUCGCAGGCGACGUUCUUCACCAUAGAUGCGCCCGUACCGCCUCCCGUCACCGACUCACACAGUCCCGGGCACACAUUGGGGCCCACCACCUACUGCGAGGUGCACGGCUUCAAUCCCCGGAAAGAAGACAUCCAGGAGUUCUACGAACUGACACUGCUCGAUGAGAAUAAAUCGGUGCAGGAAAAAACGGCAGAGACCAUACGAAUCGCCAACAAAUGGGAAGCCAACGAUGGUCCUAUCGCGCCGACCUACACAAAUAACGAUGAGUCAAACAUCGAAAUCGAAUUAAGUCAGGAGGAAGAGAACGUACAAAAAGUCUUAAGUCUAUCAAACUCGGAAGAAGCUCUUGCAUUGAAAUUGCUGGACCAAGUAAAUUCGGAAGGGGAAUACGAGUUAGAAUUUCCUACAAAUAAAUCGAAAUUGACGGUAGAUAACUGCGCAACUUUAGCUUAUCAAGAAAGCAUGGAAAGUCACGGUUCAUUUGUCAGUCAAACGAGCCUGGAAAGUCAAAUAACUGUAGUAAAUCAAGAAAGUUUGGAUAGAGAACGUACAGCAGACAUUUUAAAAGAAGUAAAACAAGAUAGUUUGGAAGAUGAACGUAAAGCUUUCAUUUUAAGGCAGGAUAGUUUGGAUAAAAAGCAGGAAACUGAAAUUUGGAACGAUAACUAUUUGGCUGAAGAACGUGAAGUUGCUGAUGCUUUCAGACAAAAUAGUUUGAGUGGCGCAACAAUAACGAAUGUCCUACAUGGUAUCCAGGGAUUAUCCGGCAGUCGUGACAAUUUAUCGUACAUCCAGAAAACUCGUUAUGCCGAGGACGAUAUGCCGCCGCCACCGUCGCCGCCCCAAAUCAGGGACGCCAUCAACCUCGACAACCAUUCGAGACAGGGCUCGUUGGAAAGGGGCAUCCGACGCAAGAGCUCCCUCGACCGCGAACAGAUAAUCAAGGAACAUGCACUGGGCAAUGAUAGCUGGCAAGGAAAUGACAGCGAUCAGGCACAUUCUCCAUUGCUGGGCUCUGGAGAUCACAAACCCGUGAACGGUGACGAUGAGUGGGAGUACGAGGAGAUCGUGUUGGAGCGGGGCGGCGCCGGCCUGGGCUUCAGCAUCGCGGGCGGCACCGACAACCCGCACAUCGGCGACGACACCGCCAUCUACAUCACCAAGCUGAUAGCUGGUGGGGCGGCGUCGGCAGACGGCCGCCUCCGCGUCAACGAUUCCAUCCUCUCUGUCAACGACGUGUCGGUGGUCGACGUGCCACAUGCUCACGCCGUCGACGCCCUCAAGAAGGCCGGCAACACCGUCAAAUUGUGUGUCAGGCGGAGACGCCAGCCGACGAACAUGCGGCUGAUGGACAUCGAGCUGGUGAAGGGUAACAAGGGCCUCGGUUUCAGCAUCGCCGGCGGCAUCGGCAAUCAGCACAUCCCCGGCGACAACGGCAUCUACGUCACCAAGGUGAUGGACGGCGGCGCCGCCCAGGUCGACGGUCGGCUGCUCGUCGGCGACAAGCUGGUCGCCGUCCGGGACGCCGUGAAAGGCGAAGUGAAUUUGGAAAACGUGACCCACGAGGACGCCGUCACCACGUUGAAAACCACACAGGACAGGGUAGUGCUUGUCGUGGCGAAACCAGAGAGUGCCUUCAAUGCUCCCGCGUCAGAUACCUCCUAUUCUCCGCAAUUAUCCACAAAAGCAUCACAUCAAUACGCCGAAUCGGUCCAUUCAGUGCACUCGGUGCAUUCAUCAAAUUUAGCUUUACAUCAUCCACCUUCCACACCGAGAGCUGUAAGCCACGAGGAUAUUACAAGAGAUGUGCGAACGGUGGUGCUGCAGAAGGGCACGUCGGGCCUGGGCUUCAACAUCGUGGGCGGCGAGGACGGCGAAGGUAUAUUCGUGUCGUUCAUAUUGGCCGGCGGGCCGGCCGAUCUGUGCGGCGAAUUGAAACGCGGCGACCAGAUACUCAGCGUGAACGGCGUCAAUUUGAGGAAUGCGACGCAUGAGGAGGCCGCCCAGGCCCUCAAGAUCGGUGAAGUUGUUUGUACAAACGAAGGAAAGGAUUCUGGUGUAGUUGGUACAAGCAAUACAGUAAACAUCGUAGUACAAUAUAGACCUGAGGAGUAUAAUCGUUUCGAAGCCAAAAUACACGAUUUAAAACAACAAAUGACAAAUCCCAUCACUAGCGGAACAUUACUUAGGACAUCACAGAAGAGAUCUCUUUACGUUAGGGCUUUAUUCGAUUAUGACCCACAAAAGGACGACGGUUUGCCGAGUCGAGGUCUGGCGUUCCAUUACGGCGACAUCCUGCACGUGACCAACGCCAGCGACGACGAAUGGUGGCAGGCGAGACGCGUCCUCAACACUGGCGACGAACAAGGUAUGGGCAUCGUGCCCUCGAAGAGACGCUGGGAGCGCAAGCAGCGGGCCAGGGAUCGUUCGGUCAAGUUCCAGGGACACAUGCCGAACAUCCUCGAAAAGCAAUCUACGUUGGAUAGGAAAAAGAAGAACUUUUCGUUCAGCAGGAAGUUCCCGUUCAUGAAAAGUAAAGAUGACAAAUCAGAAGAUGGCUCAGACCAAGAACUAUCCCCCUCUGCCACCAAUAACUCUGCUAAUGAUACAGAACAAAAUCCCAAAUCGUUCAUGCUGUGCUACACGCAGGAGGACGCGAAUAAUGAAGGUGAAAUAUUAUAUCGUGUUGAGCUACCUUACAUGGAAGAGAUCACGUUAAUAUAUCUGGAGAAUAAUGAUAGUAAUGACGACUAUAGCAAUGAGGAAUCUGUUCUGUCAUACGAACCGGUCCAGCAAUUACAAAUCACGUACACAAGACCAGUCAUCAUUCUUGGUCCGCUCAAGGAUCGCAUUAACGAUGAUUUAAUAUCCGAAUUUCCGGAGAAAUUCGGCAGCUGUGUGCCACAUACAACAAGACCGAAACGCGAAUACGAAGUGGAUGGUCGUGACUACCACUUUGUGGCGUCCCGCGACCAGAUGGAAAAGGACAUCCAGAACCACCUUUUCAUAGAAGCUGGCCAGUACAACGACAAUUUGUACGGCACAUCGGUGGCUUCCGUUAGAGAAGUGGCAGAGAAGGGCAAACACUGCAUCCUCGACGUCAGCGGCAACGCCAUCAAGCGAUUGCAGGUCGCACAACUAUAUCCAAUCGCAAUUUUCAUCAAACCGAAAUCCGUCGAGUCGAUCAUGGAGAUGAACAAAAGAACGACCGAAGACCAGGCCAAGAAAACUUACGAGAGGGCUCUUAAGAUGGAAAUGGAAUUCGGAGAGUACUUCACAGCCGUCGUACAGGGUGACACACCAGAGGACAUCUACGACCAAAUCAAGGAGGUGAUCAAUGAGCAAUCGGGACCGAACAUCUGGGUACCCGCCAAGGAGAAACUGUGACCCAUGGCCCCCCCGGUGUGGACAUUGCCCACGCGUACUCGCCUGCACUGAUAACCGCCCAGCCGCUGUCCCAUUGUAUACCCCGCCCCGAAACGCUCUGUCCCCAUCCCAAGUCCCUCAAAAAAAUAGAUAUACUCAAGGCUGAAGCUGACGAGACGUUGUUGUUAUGUGCAGUGCCUCCAUUCUCUGCGUGCUUGCGAACAGCUCAUCUAACUUAUUCAUUUGUUAUUGACAAAUACACAAGUAGAAUAAGGUUUAAUAUUUUAGUGUUUGGUGAUCCAACUACUAAGUCAUCUGCUUGUAUAGAUGUGGAUGCGGUUCGAGUCGCAAGAACCGAUUACGUGCAAUUCUUGUUGAUUAUUGUUUUAUUUAUCUUGCUCAAUUAACUCAUCGAGAUUGGGUUGAUUAUUGGUUUUAUGUAUAGGCUAUUCUAUCUCUAUUUAGGAAAUUGUAAAUGGUUAAGAUAGAAAAAAGUGAAUCUCCAUUUCUGCAAUAUCCGGGCGGAUAUUCUGAUUCUUGGAAUUAAUUGCUCCCGUUGGUUCUUACGUUUCGAAACGCGACUUCUGAGCCCCUUGUUUCAUAUUAUGCACUUGUGUUAUUUAACAAAUUUAUUAAUAUAUUAUAUAUAGUCAAAUUUUCAAAACCGUUUAUAAUAGCCAAUUGUUAUUUGACAUAUAGGUAGUUUUAUCAAUGUUUUUUGUAGUGAAUGUAUAUUUAAAUUUAAAGGAUUACCCUGCCAAUAAUUUAAAAAAUGAAGAGGAAAAUUGUAUAUACACAAAUGAUCUAUGUGUAGCAUAUAACAGACAUCUGUUACUGUUAAUUGACAAAGUUGUGACCUAACUUAUUUGAGUUAAUAAAACACAUUUUACUA